AUGCAUCUCCUCAUUCUCAAUGGAGUAGAGAUUCCAACGGUCAUCCAAACUCGAUCCUCUUAUUUCUCUUCCACCAACCUCGAAUUGAGGACAAGUGUCCCCGUUGGACAUUGGUCGCCGACUGAGUUGACCAGUUCCUCCCAGCGUCCAGUCGACCUUCGUGCACGCGCGUCCAUCGCGCUUCUUGUUAUGGCGGAGACUGACUUCGCUCAAGACGGAGAAAUCCUGCUUCUGCGACGCCUUUCCACGGCGUAACAAGAUGCGACGUAACGAGUGGGCGAAGCAUGGCUCGCCGUAUGGGAGGAAUAAUUGCCUUGUCCUCUUUGUCGCUGGUUCAUCGAACAUUCUACGACCCGUUCUGAUUUGAUGCCUCCGUUACCACAAUUCCAUUCCUUUGUAUCACGGCGUUAGCUUCAGGCUGUCAAUCCAAAAGCAUCGUUUUACUCCA